CCCUACACACAUAUAAUUUGUAUCGCGUGUGAAAAGCGUCUGUGAGUAUGGCAUGGCGAGCGAAGACAUUUCUUCUCAUGUGUGCCUUGUUUUCUCUCGGAUUUCUUGUGCUUCAGGGAUAUGUGCGCAUUGACGUCGGAAGAUUCUCGAACGGUCGGGUCGCUUUCUUAAAAGCCGCCCAGUUUCGAGUACCCAAACGAAAAUCCGGAAAUGACAACAUGAUUGCGCAUGCGCGCCUUAGACGUCCCAUGUCCGAUUUCUUCCCGAAUGAUGGAGCGGAGCUUUACGAGUCUUCGACGUCCAGCCCAUCGCUAGGGAUGAUGCAACACAUACACGACGAAAGAAUUCGGAAGUUAAAGAGCGCAUGCGCGUCCUCAGCCGAACUGCGCAUAACGGAAGUGAAAAAGGCAAACCUGACUGAGCUGUACUACUCCCGCGCCCACAACUUUGCGUACUGCAAAGUUCCAAAAUCUGGGAGCACGUUCUGGAUGAACGUAUUUAUGUUGUUGACAAGAGGCGAAAACAUCACAAACUCCCUAUCACGCAUGUCGAGAAUGGAAAUCCAUGACACAACGCGCUCCCUCCGGGUAAACCCGGUAACAAUCCUUCAAGAAAAUAUACCAACUGUGGUAGUGGCACGGAAUCCGUACGCUCGUCUUUUCUCCGCGUACAUUGACAAGGUCUACCUGCCCCUUUUCUGGGAACAGUUUUCGUCAAUGAAUGGGACGAAGACCCUCCCCUGGAUAAACAAGACGGCGACGAGGGAGUUUCUACGACACAUGCCGGGGCCCAUCGCCGGGCGCCUUCUGCGCUACAAGGACCAACUAAUUGCGCAAGGGCUUAUUGUACACAGGAAUGUCACUGUUCGAAUCCAGCCUGUUUGCGCUAACAAUGCAACGUUUGGAGACUUUCUGACAUUUAUUGUAAACUUGGUGAAGCUAAACGUACCACUCGAGACUCAUUGGGCGCCGAUAUCGCAUUUGUGCCGCCCGUGCAGAAUGAACACAUUCAAGGUCGUUAAACAGGAAUCAUUCGCAGCGGAUGUAGAAUAUACUCUCAACUCAGUUGGUCUAAAUAUUUCCAACUAUGAAUGGCUGAGAUCUUCUUUAAACGAGAAAUUGGUAGAAAACACGGUUCCUGGCAUUGUAGCCGUAGUCGACAGUCGUUUGAAACUGAAUCAUAUCAAGAUUUGCAUUAACGAUUCAGAAACGGCGAAACGCCUCUGGAAGACAUUUCAAAUUCAAGGCUUUAUUAGUGAUAAAUCUGAAGUCCCUAAGAGGUUUAACGAAGUGGAUUUUGUUUUCAACGCAACGGAUGUGACCAACGACGUAUUAGACGCCGUAAGAACGCUACCGCUAUCGACGACAGAAAGUCAGCGACAACGACGUCGAUAUCUCGUAAACGCAUUCAAAGAAGUAAGCGAAAGGACUCUGGAAGCCAUAUUGAACAUUUAUCGAUUGGACUUCAACCUCUUUGGCUACCCAACUAAACCGCCGACGUGAAUCUGCUCAUUUAAUGCCAAUCAUUUUUAUCAUCGUACACUAAGUCAUUAAAAGUAGGAUUUGACCCUUGUGUAAAAACCAUGAAUUUUCUGCCAAAUGUUAGUUUUCUUUUACUUUGUUCUACUAUACACAAUUUUCGGAUCAAUGAGCGUGAUUCGCCAUAGCUGAAUAAUCGAGGCUGGUACAAAGGUUUGUAGCAAAAUACUAGCGUAACGUUCUAUUUUAUUGUAUACAUUACUAUGAUAAGGAAUUCAUGUUCGAAACCACUGUGCACGUAGGAAGUACACGUAAGGAUUAAAAAUGCCACAUGUAAGAGAAUAUAGCUUCAUCUUCUAUCUUACAUAAUAGUCGUACAUUUCCAUUUAUACAUAGAACAACAUAAACGCUGUAUAACUACUCAUUAUCAACGCCAAAAUAUCAGAUUUUAUUACAGCGUUUUACAAUGUUAUUUUUAUUGUAAUUUAAAAAAUAAUAUUUCGAAAUGAAUUUAAUUCUUUUUCAAGGAAAAAAAACAACAGGCGUGUGUCCGGUAACUGUUCCAACAAUUCAUAAUCAAGAGCUCAUGGUUAUUUUUAAGCUCAUCGGAACUGCUUAUCAUAAUUUAUUUAUCGAUACACAGCGACACGUACAUCGACCAUUAUGUUACUAUUAUCAUGUGCAGACUUUAUUUAUUAUGGUUUAUAAUAAAUCGAAUGAAUCAAUUACAAA